AUGGUAGCAGCGAUUGAAUCCUUCUGGGGCCAUCUUCUUGCAUUCCUGCGUUUUGGGGUUCCACAGUCCGGGUGUAAGGACAGGCCACCUCUCUUUGUGGGCAGCGUCCUUGGAGCUUACAUUGUUGAAACCUGCACCGUUGGAAUCUCGCGUGACCAAGACGGUACCGUCAGGCAAGAUGGUGGCGGUGUGCUGUCGACGUGCGAAUGCCAUGGACUGCUUCGUCUGUCUCCUGCCAACAGCGAGGUCAAAACUGAUGAUACCAGAAGCUUCGAUGUCGCGCCGGGCUUCUCCAUCCAGGCGGUCGGUGAACUUCGUGGAGGUGAGCUACACAAACACAAGGAGCACCAUGGCAGUUUCCUGGUCGCCGGUCCGAAAGUCGAUCUGCCCAAAUCCAUCAUAUUUCACCCUGACACCGAUCCAUCGUUGGGUAAAGUGAUGGACAAGUUUGUGGGAACUUUUGGUGAGGUUAGGCUUGAAAACGAUUUCCUUCCCACAUCCGGCUUCGGCACUGAUACGAGCAAGGACAAUCUUCUUCAGAUCAACCUGACGAGCGAGAAGCUGCAAUUCAUACAGGGCCGCGUCCUUGGCAAGAUUUCCAAUCGGGGAUUUCAGCCUCAAGCGAAUGUGGUCCUGACGGGAAUACCUUAUCAGCAGGCAAUAUCUGACCGCCUCAACAAGGAUAGCGGCAGAGCAGAUCUGAGAGACCUGGGGGCUAUUCAUUUUGAACAAGGCUUGCUUUUGUCAACCCCUGCGACGGAUUGGCCUAAGAACCCGGCCACAAUUUCCCGCCUGGCGUCGAUCCCACACGGAACUGCCUUUACCGCUCAAGACGUUGAGACUCAGAGCAAUGACUCCGACAGCGCCCGGACUGCGACGAUCGGCAAAGCCACCGGCGGGCCGAAGAACAUGACAGACAAGGUUGUUGACAAGACGAUCCGGGAGUCAGAUAACCUCAAAAGGUUUAGAGCCACCGGGGUUCUUACCUUGACUGGUGUCAACAAUCCGAACUGGUUCCUCCAAACCAGCAACACCAAAAAGAAGUUUCUCGGCGACUGGGCGUUUACUGUGAAGACUGGACAUCUAACCCUUGGGGACGGCGGCGUGUCCAACACUGCCUUCCUUGCAGACGGUAACAAGAUGACAGUGUUCCCCGAUGCGGUAAAGAGGAACGCGAAUGCGACUGACGUGACAUGCCAAUACUGGGUGUCGAUUGUGAAGCACAAGGUUGAGAUCCAGCCGGGUGAUUACACCCACAAAGACGCCACGGACCUUCUGCCAACCGACAAUCUGGUCGAUGUCCCUGGCCCGAGAUUCCACAUUCAGGCGGGAAAGCAACUGAGCGCCAAGACGAUCGACCUUUUCUGGACGCAAAUCCAAUACUCUCAAAACGUGAGGCUGGACUUUGGCAAAUUGGCCCGGCCGCACGUUUCGGUGGCGACGCUGGCUCCCGAGCUGCCGAUUCUGGUCCCCUCAACCCACCCUGCGUGUGUAGCGUUGUAA